AUGCCGACGUGGGUCGACAUUGUCAAGACGGGUGCCUACAAGGAGCAGGCCCCUUACGAUCCGGACUGGUGGUACAUUCGCGCUGCUGCCCUUGCGCGUCAUGUCUACCUGCACAAGUCGGUUGGUGUAGGUUCGCUCUGCAAGCUGCAUGGAGGCCCUAAGAACCGUGGCUUCCGUCCCUCGCACCACAGCCCUGCUUCGGGCGCUGUGCAGCGCAAGGUUCUUCAGAGCCUUGAGGCUAUUGGCGUGCUGGAACACAGCAGCAAGGGCGGCCGUAUCAUUUCGCAGGAUGGCAUGCGUGACCUCGACCGUAUUGCUGUUGCCGUUCUUGAGUCGCAGCGCGAGGAGGAUGAGGAGGAUGAGGACGACGACGACGACGAGGACAAUGACGACGAGGACGAUGAGUAA